ACGGGAAACACGUUCCAUUCCGCUCCGUGAUGGCUCGACUUCCGCUGUGCCUGCUGCUUCUGGCAAGUGCGAUUUGGUUUGGUGGCGCCUACGAAGCACCUGAGGCCCAGGUGCGCGUGUUUCAUCCCAAGGGAUUCGAGGUUUCCAUACCGCAUGAGGCGGGCAUUUCGCUGUUCGCCUUUCACGGCAAGCUAAACGAGGAGUUUGACGGCCUGGAGGCGGGUCGAUGGGCAAGGGAUAUACCAAGUGCUAAGCGGGGACGAUGGACCUUCCGGGACCGCGAGACGAAGCUGCAGCUCGGAGAUACAUUGUACUUCUGGACCUACGUGGUGUAUAAUGGACUGGGAUAUCGCCAGGAUGAUGGGGUGUAUGUGGUGGAGAGUUAUGACAAUCAAUAGACUGAGUUCUCUGGGAAAUGAAACAUUUAUUUCUUUUAGAGCAAAGAAACAAUAAAGAUCUUAUAGCUAAGCUUUAAGCUUGCCUUUUGUCUUUGUUUACAGAGAA